AUGGAAGCGGCUUUAGAUCGGAUCCGUAAGGAGGCAGCCGGGGGCGAAGACGCACGCCGGAAGGUCAUUGUGGCUUUGCAGAGUCUAGUGGGUUCACUUGAGACCCCUGACGAUACUCUACACAGGUAUGGGCAUAUGGUUGGUCCUCCCUUACUCUACGUAUAUGGACAAAGAAGAAGAACUGAUAGGGAAGAACAGAACCUUCAAACGGCAACAAUCCAAGUUGGUGUGAAUUUAGGUUUGUUUAAGCAUUUGGCUGAGGCGUCUGAACCACUUGCGGUGGAUCGUAUUGCGGAGAAGACCAAAGCCGAGCCGCAAUUAAUUUGCGUAGUAGACGAGAGUGGCAGAGGCGAAUACACUGCAAACCAAGUCACUCGCAAUUUGACAGAGAAGUCUGUCGAGGCUGGGAUAUCUCACUUCUUCGGCCUCACCGCGCCUCAAUAUCAGUGUUUGCCGGAUUUGUUGAAGCAGACCGGUUAUAAAACUCCAGUUGACGAUGCAAAGACAGCCUUUCAUCUGGCUUUCCGUACGACCUUGGAUCCCUUCUCCUGGUUUGCCCAAAACUCGGCUUACCUGGCCGACUUCCACACAUACCAUGCACUUCGCCGACAGCCAGAUGUAACUUGGCUGUCGGUAUACCCCGUAGAGACGGAGGCUGCUGGAUGGCCUGUUGGUGAACCCCUUUAUGUAAACGUGGGAGGAGGCGUUGGCCAUCAAUGCGCGCAGUUUAAGGAGAAAUAUCCCAGGUUGGAUGGGCGGGUUAUCCUACAAGACCUACCACACACUGUAGCAGAGGCACCUCCAACACCCGGCGUCGAGAAUAUGGCGUACAACAUGUUUAGGCCACAGCCUGUGAUUGGUGCCAAGUUCUAUCACCUUCGAGCUGUGUUCCACAACCAGGCACCUUAUAAGGUGCGGAUGUUGCUCGAGAUACUCAAAGCCGCCAUGACACCCGAAUCAGUCCUGCUGGUUGAUGAGAUGGUACUGCCAGAAGAAAAGGUGAACUAUAUGGCGGCGUCAAUUGACAUGACUAUGCUUGCGGCGUUUGCUAGCAUGGAGCGCACAGAAGCGCAGUGGAAGGCAGUAUUCGAAGAUGUAGGAUUGAGAAUGGUGCGAACCUAUACGUACUCUCCUUUAAGUUACGAGAGUGUUAUGGAUGUUCGGCUACAGUAA